AUGUUGGAAGCGCAGAGAGAGCUCUGCGGGUCGCUGGAGGCUUGGAACCGCAGCUCUUCAGCUCAAGUGUCGUGGAGAAUUUUGGCGGUGGUCACCCGUGAGGCAUCCUCCUGCCUCGGAGUCCCCAGUGCCAGACCGCAGGCACGUGUUGCUCUGCCUGGCUGUCUGUGUGGGCUCCAGGGAUUCGAAUUCAGGCCCUCAGGCCUGCGAGGCCUUCCCAGCCUGGUUCCGUCUCUGCUUGUCGAUGACCGGUGCGUGGUACACCCAGAGGCCGGGGACCUCGCCAACCCACCCAAGAAGUUCAGAGACUGCCUGUUCAAGGUGUGCCCUAUGAACCGCUACUCUGCCCAGAAGCAGUAUUGGAAGGCCAAGCAGGCGAAGCAGGGGAGCCACACGGAGGCCGCCCUGCUGAAGAAGCUCCAGCACGCCGCCGAGCUGGAACAGAGACAGAACGAGUCAGAGAACAGGAAGCUUCUGGGAGAAACCGUCAAGUACAGCAACGUGAUACAACUGCUGCAUAUAAAAAGCAACAAGUACCUGACGGUCAACAAGAGGCUGCCUGCCCUGCUGGAGAAGAACGCCAUGCGUGUGUCCCUGGACGCGGCGGGGAACGAGGGGUCCUGGUUCUAUAUUCACCCCUUCUGGAAGCUGAGGAGCGAGGGCGACAGUAUCGUCGUAGGAGAUAAAGUUGUUCUGAUGCCUGUGAACGCUGGGCAGCCCCUGCAUGCCAGCAGCGUGGAGCUCCUGGACAACCCGGGCUGCAAAGAGGUGAACGCUGUUAAUUGUAACACUAGCUGGAAAAUCACUUUAUUCAUGAAAUUCAGCUCUUACCGAGAGGAUGUGCUGAAAGCAGGCGACGUUGUGAGACUGUUUCACGCGGAGCAGGAGAAGUUUCUGACCUGUGACGACUAUGAGAAAAAGCAGCACAUUUUCCUGCGGACGACCUUGCGCCAGUCGGCCACUUCAGCUACUAGCUCUAAAGCUCUCUGGGAAAUAGAGGUGGUUCACCACGAUCCUUGCCGUGGCGGCGCGGGGCAGUGGAACAGCCUGUUCAGGUUUAAACAUCUCGCAACUGGGAACUACUUAGCUGCAGAGCUUAAUCCUGACUAUCGAGAUGCUCAAAGUGAAGGAAAGACUGUGAGAGACGGGGAGCUUCCGGCCUCGAAGAAGAAGCGCCAGGCUGGAGAGAAGAUCAUGUACACCCUUGUCUCCCUUCCCCAUGGAAACGACAUCGCAUCCCUUUUUGAACUUGAUGCCACAACUCUUCAGAGAGCUGACUGCCUGGUUCCAAGGAACUCCUACGUGCGGCUGAGGCACCUCUGCACCAACACUUGGGUGACCAGCACCAGCACCCCCAUAGACAUGGAGGAGGAGAGGCCCGUCAUGCUGAAAAUUGGGACCUGCCAGACUAAGGAGGACAAAGAAGCCUUUGCCAUCGUGUGCGUCCCGCUGUCUGAGGUCCGAGACCUGGACUUCGCCAACGACGCCAGCAAAGUGCUGGCCACCACAGUGGGGAAGCUGGAGAGCGGCAGCAUCACUCAGAACGAGAGGAGAUUUGUGACUAAGUUGCUGGAAGACCUCAUCUUCUUUGUGGCGGAUGUCACUAACAAUGGCCAGGACGUUCUGGACGUGGUGGUCACCAAGCCUAACCGGGAGCGGCAGAAGCUCAUGAGGGAACAAAACAUAUUAGCACAGGUGUUUGGGAUCCUUAAAGCGCCGUUCAAGGAGAAGGCGGGCGAGGGGUCGAUGCUGAGGCUGGAGGACCUGGGCGAUCAGAGAUACGCCCCCUACAAGUAUGUGCUGCGCCUGUGCUACCGCGUGCUGCGCCAUUCGCAGCAGGACUACAGGAAGAACCAGGAGUACAUCGCCAAGAACUUCUGCAUCAUGCAGUCGCAGAUCGGCUAUGACAUUUUGGCAGAGGACACGAUCACAGCCUUGCUACACAAUAACCGCAAACUCCUGGAGAAACACAUCACGGCGAAAGAAAUUGAGACCUUCGUCAGCCUGCUCCGGAGGAACCGGGAGCCCAGGUUUCUGGACUACUUGUCCGACCUCUGUGUGUCCAACAGCACUGCCAUCCCCGUCACUCAGGAACUCAUCUGCAAAUUCAUGCUGAGCCCCGGCAACGCAGACAUCCUCAUUCAGACAAAGCUGGUGUCCAUGCAAGUGGAAAACCCCAUGGAGAGCGCCAUCCUUCCUGACGACAUGGAUGACGAGGAAGUUUGGCUCUACUGGAUUGACAGCAACAAGGAGCCCCACGGCAAAGCCAUCAGGCACCUCGCCCAGGAAGCCAGGGAGGGCGCCAAAGCCGACCUGGAGGUUCUGACCUACUACAGGUACCAGCUCAACCUCUUUGCAAGGAUGUGCUUGGACCGCCAGUAUCUGGCCAUCAACCAGAUUUCCACACAGCUGUCUGUAGACCUGAUCCUGCGGUGCAUGUCUGAUGAGAGUCUGCCCUUUGACCUCCGAGCGUCCUUCUGUCGGCUCAUGCUCCACAUGCAUGUUGACCGUGACCCCCAGGAGUCCGUGGUGCCUGUUCGCUACGCCCGGCUCUGGACGGAAAUCCCCACAAAGAUCACCAUUCAUGAGUAUGACUCCAUCACAGACUCUUCCAGAAGCGACAUGAAGACGAAGUUUGCCCUGACGAUGGAAUUUGUUGAGGAAUAUUUGAAAGAAGUUGUAAAUCAGCCAUUUCCUUUUGGGGACAAAGAGAAGAAUAAACUGACAUUUGAGGUGGUCCACCUGGCGAGGAACCUGAUAUACUUUGGAUUCUAUAGCUUCAGCGAGUUGCUGCGGCUGACAAGAACCCUGCUGGCUAUCCUAGACAUCGUCCAGGCCCCCGUGUCUUCGUAUUUUGAAAGAUUAAGCAAGUUUCAAGAUGGAAGCAACAACGUCAUGAGGACCAUCCACGGGGUGGGAGAGAUGAUGACACAAAUGGUGCUCAGCCGGGGCUCCAUCUUCCCGGUGAGUGUGCCUGACGCGCAGCCCAGCGUCCACCCCAGCAAGCAGGCGAGCCCUGGAGAGCAGGAGGACGUGACGGUGAUGGACACCAAGCUGAAGGUCAUAGAGAUUCUACAGUUCAUCCUGAGCGUCAGGCUGGACUACCGCAUCUCGUACAUGCUGUCCAUAUACAAGAGGGAGUUCGGGGAGAGCAGCGACAACGGCGACGCGGCUGCCGGCGGCUCCCCGGACGCGCUGCUGCCGUCAGCCCUCGUUCCUGACAUCGACGAGAUCGCGGCCCAGGCAGAAACCAUGUUUGCUGGAAGAAAGGAGAAAAUGCCGGUGCAGCUGGACGACGAGGGGGGCCGGACCUUCCUGCGGGUGCUCAUCCACCUCAUCAUGCACGACUACCCCCCGCUGCUGUCUGGAGCCCUGCAGCUGCUGUUCAAGCACUUCAGCCAGAGGGCAGAGGUGCUGCAGGCCUUCAGGCAGGUGCAGUUACUGGUGUCAAACCAAGAUGUUGAUAACUACAAGCAAAUCAAGGCAGAUCUGGACCAGCUGCGGCUGACGGUGGAGAAAUCCGAGCUGUGGGUUGAGAAGAGCAGCAGCUACGAGAAUGGCGAGAUGGGGGAAGGUCAGGCCAAAGGAGGUGAAGAGACCAACGAGGAAUCCAACCUCUUGAGUCCAGUGCAGGAUGGCACAAAGACACCUCAGAUCGACAGCAACAAAGGGAACAACUACCGGAUCGUCAAGGAGAUCCUGAGCAGGCUGAGCAGGCUGUGUGUGCAGAACAAGAAGUGUCGCAGCCAGCACCAACGCUUGCUGAAGAACAUGGGCGCUCAUGCUGUGGUGCUGGACCUUCUGCAGAUCCCCUACGAAAAGAAUGAUGAGAAGAUGAAUGAGGUGAUGGAGUUAGCCCACGCCUUCCUGCAGAACUUCUGCCGGGGGAAUCCACAGAACCAAGCUCUCCUUCACAAGCAUCUCAAUUUGUUCCUGACUCCUGGACUCCUCGAAGCAGAGACCAUGCGGCACAUCUUCAUGAGCAAUUACCACCUGUGCAACGAGAUCAGCGAGAGGGUCGUCCAGCACUUCGUGCACUGUAUCGAGACUCACGGCCGCCAUGUGGAGUACCUGCGCUUCCUGCAGACCAUCGUGAAGGCCGACGGCAAGUACGUGAAGAAGUGCCAGGAUAUGGUGAUGACCGAGUUGAUCAAUGGGGGUGAAGACGUGCUGGUGUUUUACAACGACAGAGCCUCGUUCCCCAUCCUCCUCAACAUGAUGUGCUCCGAGAGAGCCCGCGGGGAUGAGCACGGGCCCCUGGCCUACCACAUCACCCUGGUGGAGCUGCUGGCCGCGUGCACGGAGGGGAAGAAUGUGUACACUGAGAUCAAGUGUAACUCCCUGCUGCCCCUGGAGGACAUCGUGAGGGUGGUCACGCAUGAGGACUGCAUCCCUGAGGUCAAGAUUGCAUAUGUGAACUUUGUCAACCACUGUUAUGUCGACACCGAGGUGGAGAUGAAAGAGAUCUACACAAGUAACCACAUCUGGAGGCUGUUUGAGAACUUCCUGGUGGAUAUGGCAAGAGUGUGCAACACCACCACGGACCGGAAGCACGCCGACACCUUCCUGGAGAGGUGCGUAACCGAGGCCGUCAUGAGCAUCGUGAGCGGCUUCUUCAACUCGCCCUUUUCAGACAACAGCACCAGCCUGCAGACCCACCAGCCUGUCUUUAUCCAGCUGCUGCAGUCUGCCUUCAGAAUUUACAACUGCACCUGGCCCAGCCCGGCCCAGAAGGCCUCGGUGGAGUCCUGCAUCAGGGCCCUGGCGGAAGUGGCCAAAAAUCGUGGGAUUGCGAUCCCUGUGGACUUGGACAGCCAGGUGAACACCCUCUUCAUGAAGAACCACUCAAGUACCGUGCAGAGAGCAGCCAUGGGCUGGAGGCUCUCUGCCCGCUCUGGACCUCGCUUCAAGGAAGCUCUCGGAGGGCCCGCCUGGGACUACAGAAACAUUAUUGAGAAGUUACAGGAUGUCGUGGCCUCCCUGGAGCAGCAGUUCAGCCCCAUGAUGCAGGCGGAGUUCUCCGUGCUCGUCGAUGUGCUGUACAGCCCGGAGCUGCUGUUCCCGGAGGGAAGCGAUGCCAGGAUAAGAUGUGGAGCCUUCAUGUCGAAGCUGAUUAAUCACACGAAGAAACUGAUGGAGAAAGAGGAAAAGCUGUGCAUUAAAAUCCUCCAGACGCUGCGGGAGAUGCUGGAGAAGAAGGACAGCUUCGUGGAGGAGGGUAGCACACUGCGGAGAAUCCUCCUGCAUCGGUACUUCAAAGGUGACCAUAGUACUGGUGCGAGCGGACCUCUGUCGGGAGCCUACGCCAAGCCUUCGCAAGCAGGAGGAGGCUUCUCUGGACAGGACUCGGAUAAGACCGGGACUUCAGUGUCCGACAUCCAGUGUCUGCUGGACAAGGAAGGGGCGUCCGAGCUUGUCAUCGAUGUCAUAGUGAACACCAAGAACGACAGGAUUUUUUCCGAGGGCAUCUUGCUGGGCAUCGCCCUGCUGGAAGGAGGAAACACGCAGACUCAGUAUUCUUUCUACCAGCAGUUGCAUGAACAAAAAAAGUCAGAAAAAUUCUUCAAAGUCCUUUAUGAUCGGAUGAAAGCUGCUCAGAAAGAGAUCAGAUCCACAGUGACUGUCAACACCAUAGACUUAGGGAGCAAGAAGAGAGAUGAUGACAGUGACCUCGUGGCCUUGGGCCCUCGGAUGAGAGCGAGAGACUCAUCGCUGCACUUGAAGGAGGGGAUGAGAGGGCAGCUAGCAGAGGCAUCGUCGGUGACAUCGAAGGCCUACUGUGUGUACAGAAGGGAGAUGGACCCGGAGGCGGACACGGUGUGCCCGGGCCAGGAAACAGGAGGUGCGGAGGAGAAGUCUGCAGAGGAGGUCACCAUGAGCCCUGCCAUCACCAUCAUGCGGCCCAUCCUCAGGUUCCUGCAGCUGCUGUGUGAGAACCACAACCGGGAGCUUCAGAACUUCUUGAGGAAUCAGAACAACAAGACAAACUACAACCUGGUGUGUGAGACGCUUCAGUUUCUGGACUGCAUCUGCGGCAGCACCACGGGUGGCCUGGGCCUGCUGGGGCUCUACAUCAAUGAGAAGAACGUGGCUCUGGUCAACCAGACUCUGGAGAGCCUAACGGAGUACUGCCAGGGCCCGUGCCAUGAAAACCAGACCUGCAUUGCCACCCACGAAUCGAACGGGAUUGACAUCAUCAUUGCCUUGAUCCUGAACGACAUCAACCCUCUGGGGAAGUACAGAAUGGACUUGGUGCUGCAGCUGAAGAACAACGCCUCCAAGCUCUUGCUGGCCAUUAUGGAGAGCAGACACGACAGCGAGAAUGCGGAGAGGACCCUCUUCAACAUGAGACCCAGGGAGCUGGUGGAUGUGAUGAAGAAUGCCUAUAACCAAGGACUGGAAUGUGACCAUGGGGACGAGGAAGGAGGGGAUGAUGGCGUUUCUCCCAAGGACGUUGGACACAACAUCUACAUUCUGGCCCACCAGCUGGCCCGUCACAAUAAGCUGCUGCAGCAGAUGCUCAAGCCUGGAUCUGACCCCGAGGACGGUGAUGAAGCCUUGAAGUAUUACGCCAACCACACAGCACAGAUCGAGAUUGUGCGGCACGACAGGACGAUGGAGCAGAUUGUAUUCCCCGUGCCCAACAUCUGCGAAUUCCUCACUCGGGAGUCCAAGUACCGAGUGUUCAACACGACAGAGAGGGACGAGCAGGGCAGCAAGGUGAAUGACUUCUUCCAGCAAACAGAAGAUCUGUACAACGAAAUGAAGUGGCAGCGGAAGAUCAGAAACAACCCCGCCGUGUUCUGGUUCUCCAGGCACAUCUCUGUCUGGGGCAGCAUCUCCUUCAACCUGGCUGUGUUCAUCAACCUCGCGGUGGCUCUCUUCUACCCAUUCGGGGAUGACGGUGAUGAAGGUACACUGUCCCCGCUCUUCUCGGUCCUGCUUUGGAUAGCCCUGGCAGUCUGCACGUCUAUGCUGUUCUUCUUCUCCAAGCCCGUGGGCAUCCGGCCAUUUCUUGUGUCUGUCAUGCUCAGAUCCAUCUACACCAUUGGCCUGGGGCCGACGCUCAUACUUCUCGGUGCUGCCAAUCUGUGCAACAAGAUUGUAUUCCUGGUGAGUUUUGUGGGAAACCGAGGCACGUUCACCCGAGGUUACCGAGCAGUUAUUCUGGACAUGGCCUUUCUCUACCACGUGGCAUAUGUCCUGGUUUGCAUGCUCGGCCUCUUCAUCCACGAGUUCUUCUACAGCUUCCUGCUUUUUGACUUGGUGUACAGAGAAGAGACCCUGCUGAACGUCAUCAAGAGCGUCACACGGAACGGCCGCUCCAUCAUCCUGACGGCGGUCUUGGCUCUCAUCCUGGUCUACCUGUUCUCCAUCGUCGGCUUCCUUUUCCUAAAGGAUGACUUCACCAUGCAGGUGGACAGACUGAAGAGCAGAGCUCCACCCCCAGGCAAUCAUGGAGUCCCCACCAUGACCCUACCUUCCAUGAUGGGAACCUGCCAGAGGGAAAACUGCUCCCCCACAAUCCCCUCUUCAAACACAGCUGAUGAGGGCAGCGAAGACGGCAUUGAGAGGGCGUGUGACACCCUGCUCAUGUGCAUUGUCACCGUGCUGAACCAGGGCCUCAGGAACGGCGGUGGCGUCGGGGAUGUGCUCAGACGGCCCUCGAAAGAU